UAUCCUAGCAGCCUACAACCCCACAAUGCAAUGAAUAAUUGCAUUAUUGUUUUCAAGUGAGUACACAAUUCUACUCUAGGCUGCAGUGAAAAUGUAUUUAGAAAAAAAGCGCAAUAGCCCUGUGAUUUGAAUGUUUCAUUCCAUUUGGAUCAGUGGGUGGGUCUACUCUCAACAGUUUAUAUGAUCUAGAAAGGCACAAUAGCUGGCCAGCCUGGCUGUAUUUAAAAAAAAUCUUCUGAUACUGAGAUACGCUGUCUGUUGCAGAUCAUCAUAUGCUUCUGACAGGCCCAGUUAUUCAGGAAAGCUUCAAGCCCCCUCUGCCUCCUCUCCAAUCCGAGCAGCUAUACCUCAAGCACCUAGAACCUAACACUUCAUUAUAGCCUAACUAUUUAUCAUUUCACUUUUUAAACACAACCAGUCACAAUGUUUUCGUCUGCUUAGGCUACAUCAAAUGUAUCCUGUAGACAUGCGCACAUUCAUCCAAAACAUAAUUCCAGCAUCCUCAGAAUGGCUUGACAUCCAGUUUUAAUGCGAGUAAAGUCGUACCAUAUAAAAUAAUCAUGACAGCUGUGAUGGAAACAGGAGGUUUCGGUACAAUAAUAUGAAUGCCAACAGAUCAUUUGAUCGCUAGACAUGGUGGGAUCUUUUUGCGUCGAUAAAAGCUAUUAUGCGAGAAAUGGAGGUUGGAAAACGCCUUUAUGUGAACAUAUCGAUAUCACAACUAGAGGUUGUCGAUUCAUUGGAAUGGACGAUUUUUUUUAUAUAUAUAUAUAUAUAUAUUUAGACCUUUUAUUUAACUAGGCAAGUCAGUUAAGAACACAUUCUUAUUUUCAAUGACGGCCUAUGAACUGUGGGUUAACUGCCUUGUUCAGGGGCAGAACAACAGAUUUUCACCUUGUCAACUGAGGGGUUGCAAUCUUGCAACCGCACAGUUAACUAGUCCAACGCUCUAACCAUUGCACUCCACGAGUAGCCUGCCUGUUACGCGAAUGUAGUAGAAGCCAAGGUAAAUUGCUAGCUAGCAUUAAACAUAUCUUAUAAAAAACAAUCAAUCAUAAUCACUAGUUAUAACUACUGAUCCAAUUUAGCAGGCAAUAUUAACCAGGUGAAAUUGUGUCAUUUAUCUUGCGUACAUUGCACCCAGAGUCAGGGUAUAUGCAACAGUUUGGGCUGCCUGGCUCAUUGCGAACUAAUUUGCCAGAAUUUUACGUAAUUAUGACAUACAUUGAAGGUUGUGCAAUGUAACAAGAAUAUUUAGACUUAGGGAUGCCACCCGUUAGAUAAAAUACCGAACGGUUCCGUAUUUCACUGAAAUAAUAAACGUUUUGUUUUCGAAAUGAUAGUUACCGGAUUCGAUCAUAUUAAUGACCAAAGGCUCAUAUGUAUGUGUGUUAUUAUGUUAUAAUUAAGUCUGAUUUGAUAGAGCAGUCGGACUGAGCAGCAACAGGCCCGUAAUCAUUCAUUCAAACAGCACUUUCGUGUUUUGCCAGCAGCUCUUCGCAAGCACAGCGAUGUUUUUGACUUCAAGCCUAUCAGCCUAAUGGCUGGUGUAACCAAUGAGAAAUGGCUAGCUAGUUAGCUGGGUGUGCGCUAAUACUGUUUCAAACGUCACGCGCUUUUAGAUUUGGAGUAGUUAUUCCCCUUGCGCUGCAAGGGCCGCUGCUUUUGUGAAGCGAUGGGUAACGAUGCUUCGAGUGUGGCUGAUGUCUAUGUGUUUCUGGUUCGAGCCCAGGUAGGGGCGAGGAGAGGGACGGAAGCUAUACUGUUACACUGGCAAUACUAUAGUGCCUGUCAGAACAUCCAAUAGUCAAAGGUAUAUGAAAUACAAAUGGUAUAGAAAAAAAUUGUCCUAUAAAUACUAUAUUAACUACAACCUAAAACCUCUUACCUUGGACAUUGAAGUCUCAUGUUAAAAGGAACCACCAACUUUCAUAUGUUCUGAGCAAGGAACUUAAACGGUAGCUUUUUUACAUGGCACAUAUUACUUUCUUCUCCAACACUUUGUUUUUGCAUUAUUUAAACCAAAUUGAACAUGUUUCAUUAUUUAUUUGAGGCUAAAUUGAUUUUAUUGAUGUUUUACAUUAAGUUCAAAUACGUGUUAAUUCAGUAUUUUUGUAAUUGUCAUUAUUACAAAUAAAAAUAAAUGUAAAAAAUAGUCUGAUUAAUCGGUAUCGGCUUUUUUGGUCGAAAAAUCAUAAUCGGUAGACCUCUAAUCACAACCAACAUAUUGAAUUAAACUUGGAGUCACGCGUGAUGACAUGGUGAGUGUUCCUCCCACUUUGGAAACCAUGCAUUUUAUUCAGCUACAGAUGAAAUACAUUAUGAUGAACUUCACGGGGUGGUGAAAGUGCAAGGUGAUGAGCUUGAUGCUCCUUUCAAUAAAUAUUGAGGGUCUUAUUCUGGUGACCAGAUGAUCAAGGCAUGGAUGCUAUUUGACAAAUAAAAAUAAUAUCACACCUUUGUCCAUAAUAAUCUGAUCAUGUAGUAAACUAAACCUGCACUGUAUCUGCAAGCUGUUAGCUAGAGCACACGUGCCAAUACCAGAGUGGGCACAUUUGCUAUACAUAUGCAACAUUUUUAGUGACAAAACCAUCAGUAGGCCUUGAGUUGAAAAUGAGAUGGAAACCCAUUGAAACUUGUAUUUUUUAUUUGGUGCAUGGAAAUGUAACCUUAAAAGUAUUGUUUUUUUGUACACUACGUAUUUACACACAGACUUUUAUCCGCAACAAGUCAAUUUGAUGGAAACACAACUCUGAGGGGAAAAUGUGCAUCGUGUUUUUAUGCAGAUUUUAGAAUAUUUGCAUGAAAAUCUGUCGCAAUUUUAAUGGAAACCUGGCUAUAGACAUCCUAUAGCAGGGGUGUCAAACCUAUUUUUCCUGUGGGUCACAUUUGGUCGAGGUCCGGAGGGCUGCACUGAAAAUUGGUUAUAUUUCCUUGCAGUCAAAAUGUGCAAAAUUAUUUAGUCUAUCCAGUGUUUUCUUCAUUUUAGAUUAUCCCUGACUGUCUAGUGAUUAUUAGCGAGCUGGACUGUCAAGAAUAAAAGUCCAUUAUUUAUUUAUUUAUUUAACCAUUAUUUAACCAGGUAGGCAAGUUGAGAACAAGUUCUCAUUUACAAUUGCGACCUGGCCAACAUAAAGCAAAGCAGUUCGACACAUACAACGACACAGAGUUACACAUGGAGUAAAACAAAUAUACAGUCAAUAAUACAGUAUAAACAAGUCUAUAUACGAUGUGAGUAAAUGAGGUGAGAUAAGGGAGGUAAAGGCAAAAAAGGCUAUGGUGGCAAAGUAAAUACAAUAUAGCAAGUAAAACACUGGAAUGGUAAAUUUGCAAUGGAAGAAUGUGCAAAGUAGAAAUAAAAAUAAUGGGGUGCAAAGGAGCAAAAUAAAUUAAUUAAUUAAAUACAGUAGGGAAAGAGGUAGUUGUUUGGGCUAAAUUAUAGGUGGGACAUGUACAGGUGCAGUAAUCCGUGAGCUGCUCUGACAGUUGGUGCUUAAAGCUAGUGAGGGAGAUAAGUGUUUCCAGUUUCAGAGAUUUUUGUAGUUCGUUCCAGUCAUUGGCAGCAGAGAACUGGAAGGAGAGGCGGCCAAAGAAAUAAUUGGUUUUGGGGGUGACUAGAGAGAUAUACCUGCUGGAGCGUGUGCUACAGGUGGGAGAUGCUAUGGUGACCAGCGAGCUGAGAUAAGGGGGGACUUUACCUAGCAGGGUCUUGUAGAUUACAUGGAGCCAGUGGGUUUGGCGACGAGUAUGAAGCGAGGGCCAGCCAACGAGAGCGUACAGGUCGCAAUGGUGGGUAGUAUAUGGGGCUUUGGUGACAAAACGGAUUGCACUGUGAUAGACUGCAUCCAAUUUGUUGAGUAGGGUAUUGGAGGCUAUUUUGUAAAUGACAUCGCCAAAGUCGAGGAUUGGUAGGAUGGUCAGUUUUACAAGGGUAUGUUUGGCAGCAUGAGUGAAGGAUGCUUUGUUAUUAUCAUUUCUACACAGUUUCGAUUUGCUUUUAGUCAUUUUAAAGUAUAUUGGGUUCACCCCUCCCCUCCCCCCAAAAAUAGUUUUUGUUUCAGUUGUAUUUUAUUUUAUAGCCUUUUUUUUUUUUUAAAUACUCAAGCUACCCACCGGCUGAUCAAUCAAUCCAAUUUAUUUAUAAAGCCCUUCUUACAUCAGCUGAUGUCACAAAGUGCUGUACAGAAACCCAGCUAAAACCCCAAACAUCAAGCAAUGCAGGUGUAGAAGCACGGUGGCUAGGAAAAACUCCCUAGAAAGGCCAAAACCUAGGAAUAAACCUAGAGAGGAACCAGGCUCUGAGGGGUGGCCAGUCCUCUUCUGGCUGUGCCGGGUGGGGAUUAUAACAGAACAUGUCCAAGAUGUUUAAAUGUUCAUAGAUGACCAGCAUGGUCAAAUAAUAAUAAUCACAGUGGUUGCCGAUCAUUCAGAGUAUCUCUACCAGUCCUGCUGUCUCUAGAGAGUUGAAAACAGCAGAUCUGGGACAGGUAGCACGUCCAGUGAACAGGUCAGGGUUCCAUAGCCGCAGGCAGAACAGUUGAAACUGGAGCAGCAGCACGGCCAGGUGGACUGGGGACAGCAAGGAGUCAUCAUGCCAGGUAGUCCUGAGGCAUGGUCCUAGGGCUCAGGUCCUCCGAGAGAGAAAGAAAGAAAGAAAGAGAGAGAGAAUUAGAGAGAGCAUACUUAAAUUCACACAGGACACCAGAUAAGACAGGAGAAAUACUCCAGAUAUAACAGACUGGCCCUAGUCUCCGACACAUAAACAGCUGCAGCAUAAAUACUGGAGGCUGAGACAGGAGGGGUCAGGAGACACUGUAAAGGCAACAUGCAACAAUUUCAAAGAUUUUACAGUUCGUAGAAGGAAAUCAGUCAAUUGAAAUAAAUUAAUUUCACAUGACUAGGCAGGGGCGCAGCCAUGGGUGGGCAAAGGCCCACUCAUUUGGGAGCCAGGUCCACCCACUGGUGGGCCAGGCCCAGCCAACCUGAAUGAGUUUUUCCCCCACAAAAGGAAUUUAUUACAGACAGAAAUACUCCUCAGCAUCCUCCCUCCACAGACGAUCCUGCAGGUGAAGAAGCUGGAUGUGGAGGUUCUGGGCUGGCGUGGUUACACAUACUCUGUGGUUGUGCAGUCGGUUGGAUGUACUGCCAAAUUCUAUAAAAACCUUGUUAGAGGCGGCUUAUGGUAGAGAAAUGAACAUGGAUUUAUCUGGAAACGGCUCUGUUGGACAUUCCUGCAGUCAGCAUGCCAAUUGCAUACUCCCUCAAAACUUGAGACAUCUGUGGCAUUAUGUUGUGUGACAAAACUGCACAAUUUAGAGUGGCCUUUUACUGUCCCCAGCAUAAGGUGCACCUGUCUAAGGAUCAUGCUGUUUAAUCAGCUUCUUGAUAUGCCACACCUGUCAGGUGGAUGGAUUAUCUUGGUAAAGGAGAAAUGCUCACUAACAGGGAUGUAAGCACAUUUGUGCAAAACAUUUGAGAGAAAUAAUAUGUUUGUGUGUAUGGAACAUUUCUGGGAUAUUUUAUUUCAGCUCUUGAAAAAUGGGACCCACACUUUACAUGUUGCAUUUAAAUUUUUGUUCAGUAUAUGUAUGACACAUAUAAAAUCAAGAAUUAAAUCAAUCCAAACUGUGCAGCAGCCAUUUGAUGAAUGGGAAGAGACAUCUGUUACUAAACCAUGUAGGGAGGGAUGUAUUUUCUGUUUGUCGAGAUUGACAAAGUCUACUUAUUGUGGUGUUGAAAACGCAAAACGUGAUAUUGAAGAGCCCAAAGUCAGUAUGCUCUGUUUAUUGGUUGUGUGGUGCAUUGGCACAGAAACCAUUUGGUGUAAAAUGUGUAGCAUAUAUUUUAUACAAUUGUAAAUAUGGCAUCGAAAUGUUAAAAAUCUGAUUUCCCCCUAACUAAUCAUCGUCUGCAUCCGGCUCUGAUCGCAUUGUCACGAAACAGGCAGGGAGAGUGAGCUCGUUAGUGGUGGUUGGCAAACCCUUAAACUUCUGGCCCGUAGCCCUUACGUGGCAUCGACUGUGCCACAAAAGCAUGCUGAAGUGGCAAAGUCGAAAUCCACGUUUAUAAACACAGGGUCACUACAGUUAUGGUUAUUUGUGGUCGUAAAAAUGAUUCUGAGUUCAUUCUAUGCUGCUGAGAGCAGUUCUCCCUCUCUGUCACACUUAGCGACCGUUCUCUCUGCACAGUGUUUUGGGAAACGCAUGUUACAUCACUCGUAGACCGGGGACUUUCCACUCUUCUACCUAAAUCACUACAAAACCUGAACACCGCCUCCGUCUCACUUCGGGGGGUUGUGUGUGAUAAAAUAACCCGCUGAAACCCGUAGAGAGAAACUAACUCUUAGUGUCAACAGGAUACAUGUAAUGGAGGUCAGUUAAAAAGGAGCUAAUGGUGAGAUUUAUUAGAGCCAUUGAAACCAGCCCAGAUGGGACCACUGGAUCCAGAGAUACAAACUGACAUUUAUAAAAUACAACUUAUGAGAGAGAGAGAGAGAGAGAGAUGAGAUGAGAAAAGAGCGAGAGAGAAAGGACAGGAAGAAAUCGACUGAGGAGGAGGAGAGAGAGGGAAAGAGAGACCACGUGAGGUCAAGGAUGGCUAGCAGACUACUGUGAGAACUCCAAAACUGUCUCUCUCCCAUUGUCUCUGUGAGCUGCCUGUUCACUGUCUGGGCUUGUAUUUGUGUUUGUUUGUGUUCAUAGUUCCUGACCAGAGACAUGUCUCUCACUGUGUCCAAACAAAGACUUACAGUAGAGACAUCCUGGGAUGCCUUUUUGUACUUGUGCUUUAGUGGUCAGUGGGAAGAGACUAAUGGUCAUGUAUCGUUGGCUAAGGUUGGUUAUGCGGCGUCACUAUGGCGACAGUGAUGGAUGGCUGCAGUUUUGCCACAUCACCGCUCCUUGUUGCUGCUCAGCAGCACUGUAACAUCGAGGAAAACGUGUCUCCUAUAGACAGACAUUCUCAUCGCAUGGCCAAAGGUCUGUUGAAACCAUGGCUUCCUUCCAUCAACCCGGCUGACGCAAAGCAACGUGAGCUUGUGUCAGCAAGACUAUCCUUUCCAUGGCUUCAAGUUCACAAAACAGCUUGAUGAUUAACAUAAUGUAACAGUUUAUUAAAACAGCAUGGGGCAUCAUUCUGCAUUGGAACUUUGGGUUUAUCCAAACCAUGGCUUCACCGGAACUGUCAACUCUCAUUGGAACUCAAAAAACCCCAGAGUGGGUGAAAUCAACUUCUCACUCCCCAGUGGAACCACACUCUAGAGUGAUGCUGUUCCGGGAGGUUUUGGGGCGGAGUUUGUGUCAUUCGAUGGAGCGAUUGGUGGAGGUGGAGCAGGAGUACCCUGGAGGGGUGGAAUAUAUUUUUAGCCCUGCCUGCGUGCCCCUGUGGCGAUGCGCUGGUUGCUGUGGAGACGAGAACCUGGAGUGUCACCCCACUCUCACACGUAACGUCACCAUGCAGUUGAUGAGGAUAACUCCGACUGAGAGGACAGGACAGUAUGUGGAGCUGACGUUUGUGGAGCAUCAGACCUGUGAGUGCAGACACAGGAAGAUGCAUUUGAAUGAGAGCAGUCCCAGAGUCAGGAUCCAUCCCAGGAGGAGGAAGCACAGGAAAAGAUCCAAAGACUGUGGCAAGUGUCAGCACCCACACAGUUAGUAGGAUACUUGGAUCCCGUCCUUCCAGUCCGCUGUCCAAUCACCACUCAGCUGUGGAAUGAAGACAGCAUAGGGCGUACCACACACCUACUUGUUUACCCCCCAGAUACACAAAUGCCUAAACUCAUUGUCCAUGAAAAUACACUAACCCCAAACUGCAAUUUAUACCAGAGUAAUAACAACCUUAGUUUUCUGAUACUGGAUACCCAAUAUCAGCCUUGAGAAUACUUUUACGCAGAUGAUUUCCCACUGUAAUAGCAGAUACAGUAGCUCCACCUCAUGGACAUAGAGGAGAUGGACAGAGGGGUGGCAGGACAGGAGAUAACCAAUCGCCAAGGGACAAAGGGACUAAGCCGCACCUUACAGGCAGUGUUCUUGAAAAGCAGUAGGCCAAUACAUGGAUUUAGCUUCAAUCGAGUAUGGAACAACAACGAAGGAGGCUGAAACAGAUGCAGAAUGGGUGUGGACUGAACUCGGGAGUGAACAGACACCUUCACAGUAUACCUCUCUCCAUGAUGAUCGCAUUGCAGUAGAGAAUGGUCUGAACUGAAGUGCAUGAUCAAAGGGAGGGAUGGACAUAGUGUAGGUUAUAUCAAGACCUGUAAUGUUUAUAUCUCUUAACUUUCAUCAAACAGAGAAUAAUAACACAUCCACAUGGAUUCCACUGUAUUAUAUAUGAAAAUGAAAUAUAUUCAAAUGUAAAUAAGUUUAUAGCGAUCACUGUAUCAGAAACGGCAUCUGGGAAUUACAUUUGGAGUUGUUCAUGUUAGAAUUACAUCUUUGUCUUGGGAGUGUGCUGUGUUCAUUUACUGAGUGUCAUGAUGUGUCUGACUGACUCUCUUGAAAAGGAGUAAAUAUAAGAUUUUCCUCAGGUGGGUCGUUUCGAUUGUGUGUGUGUGUCCUGAUGCCACCCCUUGAAAACUAGUAUGUCAUGUAACAGCACACUAUGGUCUCACAUCACGGAUUCCCCAUACAGGCGAAAUGCCAGGAUUCCACUCGUUACCACAAACAUAAAGUCAAAAUUAGCUAUAUCGUGAAAAUUCAUGAAAACAAAAAUGUGCUUUAUGGUCAGGGUUAGUCCUAAGGUUAGGGUUAGGCAUAAGGUUAGCAGUGCGGUUGGGUUUAUGGUUACAUUUCUAACAAAUUGUAGAAAUGGGUGUUUAUAACUAAACCAAGACAGACCACAGCCUGUCGUUUCAAACGGAAACAAAUUAGACAUAGUGAGAAGAACAAACAAGGAUGUGGCCAGAGCCGAGCACAAGCUAGUGAGAUGAUAUUGGCUCGUUCUAGAACAUAUCUGCAUAUUUCCGUUAGGGGACGCCUCCUUUGUAAAUUCUCCUUUGCACUCCUUUUAAACAACACAAUUUGUAUUAUAAACGUUUUUUUUU